GACCCGCACCACUUUAUCGUCUGGUUUCGGUGCACUAAAAAACGUAAACUUUGAUUUCAUGUAACAUCUUUCGAUGCUGUUCAUCGACAUCUAAUUCAGCAUAACAGUUGGUAGACACCACACAGACUCUUCCAAGACCUUGUAUGAUGAUGCGUUUUGGUCGAAGCGUGGCGCGCCUACUAGCGCCCUCUAGGACCGGCGGCGGCGCACGACACGUGAGCAUCCGGCGAGGCAGGAGCGACGGCGGAAUCGGCGCCGGCGGCUACGCGCUUCUUGUUGUCCCGGCAACGGCGUUCGCUCUCGGCGCGUGGCAGGUGCGCCGCCGCCGCUGGAAGCUGAAUCUGAUCGACAUGCUGGACACGCGACUCACAGCGCCCCCUGUCCCGCUGCCGGACGACGUCUCCGCGAUCGCGGACAUGGAGUACCGGCGCGUGCACGUGCAGGGAUCGUUCGACCAUGCGCGGGAGAUGUACGUCACCCCGCGCUCCCUCGUUACCCCCGGCGACCGCGGCGGCGGCGGCGGCAUGGCGAGCGACCCGAGUCGCGUCGGCACGAACGUCGUCACGCCGUUCCGCCUCGCCUCGCCGCUAGAGGGCACCACCAUCCUCGUGAACCGCGGCUGGGUGCCGCGCGCACGGCUGCGGCCGGAGACGCGAGCGGACGGGCAGAUAGCCGGAGAGAUCCAGUUCGUGGGAGUGCUGCGGCUGUCUGACGCGAGGCAGCCGUUCAUGCCGCGCAACGACCCGGCGUCCGAGACGUUCUCGUACCGGGACGUCGAGGAGAUGGCGAGGCGGUCGGGCGCCGCCGCCGUGUUCGUCGACGCGGACGCGGACUCGACUGUUCCCGGAGGACCGGUCGGCGGGCAGACGCGCGUGCGGCUGCGGAACGAGCAUCUCUCCUACAUCGCCACCUGGUGGUCGCUGUCGGCGGCGACGUCCUACAUGUGGUACAGGAAGGUCGUGCGGCGGAUUCCGCUGAUGUGACGGCGGCGGCGUCGGGACGGCGCGGGAGAGUCAAGGUCGAAAAGAAGGACGCGCGCGCGCGCGGCCGAUUUCUUUUCACGAAAAUCGUGGAAAAAGUGCGAAAAAUUUCUACUAGGCAUUUCUCCGUGAAGUCUUUGCGGAAGGUGGCGGAGAUGGUGGCGAGAAUUCGACGGUGGCACGCGUCGAUUCGUUUCUGUUUCGGUGGAUGCGACAAUGUUGCCUUUUGUUGCUGAAUCGGCAACCUGUUGCAUUGAGCUCCUCAGCAUUUCGAUAACUAGAUAGUGUUGGCUUGUCAGUGUUAAUUCACCAUGCGGGUUUGGAUCUGUGAAAGCAAUUUACUUGGAGAUGCAGUUAUGUUGGAUGAAAUCAUUCGGAUUUGAGAUUGUGUGUAACAUGUGAUAGCUUGUAUUUAAAUUGCUGUUAUUGCAACAAUUUUUGUGUGGUUGAAUAUAAAAGCAGUACGAAAAUACACUAAUAACGGUCUUGCGACGUUUAAUUCUAACAAUUUUACAUCGAACAC